GACCCUCAUCAGCAUCGAGCCCUACACUGAGCAGGACACCAUCAUCAUGGAUGAAGAUUGGCUCAUCCCUGAAGCUAUUCUUGAGGACGACGACGAGGAAGAAGUCAAGGAGGUUCACUUGACCAAUGCUCCCCAGGAGCACGGCAGCUUCAUUGCAAAAGGCAUGGUCUACCAGAGUGACCGAUUUCACAACUUCACGGUGAUCAAAGGCAUCAAGGCCAACAGUGAGUUCAAAGCCAUCCCAGAGAUGUUCUACACCACGCUCAAGGAAAACUACGAUGGAUUGGCAAGGUUUGUCGAGAUGGAGAAUAUGUCUUUGUUCCCGAUCAAGAAUCAGUUGACCGUUGCCAAGUUCUCAAAAUGUGUGAAGAAUUAUUUCAAGCAGUCUUUCCAAGAGCUCAUGGUGUUCUAUUUGGCACCAGUCUUCGGCGCAUACCAUUCAUAUCACAG